AUGCCUAAAUCUCAUUCCUCAUCUUCAUCAGGGUCAUCCUCUUCAAGUGAAGAGAAGAAGAAAGUGAAAGACUUAAAUUAAAAGAAGUCAAAAAGUUAAAAGUCUAGAGAAAGAUCAAAAGAAAAAUCAAAAGAAAAAAAAAAUAAAGAAAAAACUAAAGAGAAGAAAGUUAAAAAUCUUCUACUUGUUCAGAAUAUUUCAAGAAAUGUAACUUAAGAUAUUCUACAUGAAAUUUUUUCCACUUAUGGAAAGUUAACUAAUGUAGAGAUGUAGUUUGAUGAAUAAAAUAAUAUGCUUCCUCUUUUAUUUGCUUUUAUUACUUAUAAUGAUGAAGGCGAUGCUUCGCAAGCCACUUAAUAUAUGCACAGAGCAAUUAUUGAUGGUAAGAAGAUUAAAUGUUAAAGUCUUGGAUUAGAUAGAUAAAAGUAUAUUAUUAUAAUUAAGUAGAUAUUAUACUGAGAAAAUUAAAAAAGAAAGAUUAGAUAAAUUAAGGUAAAGAGAAAUUAAAAAGGAAAAAGAAUAAAAGUAAAAGGAAGAAUAUGCACGAGCUAGAAAUAGAGAAGAUAAAUAAAAGAAUGAAAAUAAAGAUUUAGAUAAAGAAAAAGACAAAGAAUUAUAAAAGAAGGAUCCAGAUUAAUAACAAGAAUAAUAAAAAUUAAAGGAAAAAGAGAAAGAAAAGGAAAGAGAAAAAGAAAAGGAGCGAAAAGAAAGAGAGAGAGAAAAGGAAAGAGAGAGGGAAAGAGAGAAAGAAAGAGAAAGAGAGAGGGAAAAAGAAAAAGAAAAGGAGAGGGAAAGAGAAAAAGAAAGAGAGAGAGAAAGAGAAAAGGAGAGAGAAAGAGAAAAAGAAAAAGAAAGGGAAAGAGAAAAAUAAAGAGAAAAGUAAAAAUAAAAAGAGAAGAGAGAAAAGGAAAAGGAAAAGUAAGAAAGGAUUGAAAGAGAAAAAAAGAAGAAAUAGCAUUCAUCUAGAAGAAGAUCAUCAGAUAGGCAUCAUAAAAGAUCAAGCUCAAGAAAGAGACAUUCAAAAAGAAGAUAUACUAAAAGAUCAAAAACUCCUGUAAAAUUUAGAUAUAUUAUAUAUAGAAAAGAAAAUAAAAUAGGAAAGAAAGUACAUCAAGUUCAUCGUCUGAUUCUUCAUCCUCCUCAUCAUCUAGUGGAAGUUCUAGUAGUAGCAGUAGCAGUGGCUCAUCUUCUUCUUCAUAAUCAGAUGAUUAAAAAUAAACAAACUAAAACUAGAAAAAGACAUCUUCAAGUAGUUCUUCAAGCGAUUCAGAUAGCUCAUCAUGAUU